UGAGUGAACACAUGAACUAUAGGAGAACGAUGUGCACGCGCUGGCCGCUCUUUCGGUUGAAUCGAGAGAUAAAAGAAAAACCUACUUCCGGUGUGGUUGAGAAACGACGCUUUUUCGGAUAAUGACGCGUUCAGGUGACGGUUUUCUCCGUUUUUGUGCGUUAAUUGUGUAAUUAAAGACGGAUUUUUGGAGUUUUGACAGGGAAACAUGCGGCCGGAUGGUGCGUUCACGGCCCUUCUCCUCCUCAGCGCUGCCUCUGCUGUGAUUGUUCCACCGCCGUCAAACGUGAGUGUGUUCUGCACAAACCUUCACGUCACAGUGAGGUGGACGUACAGUGACAAACAGCCACAAACUCGCUUCCAUGUGAGAUUCCAAGGCUCUGACGGUGCUGGGUCUGAGAAUGAAACCACGCAGCACGAGUACGACCCGACUCAUUACAUCUGGCAGAGUGAUCAGCAUUACAUGGGCUUUAUGUACGUCACAGUCACAGCUGUACAGGGUGGGAACCGGUCCAAGCCUGUGAAGGCGCCUUCUUUCACCUUCAACAGCCUCAAGAAGGCUGACGUCACCUGUGCGUUAGAUUUCCCUCCUGUGAACGUGGCAGCAGAGGAGGCGGCGACCGCCGUCACGUUCCACAAUCCCUUCCACUUCUACACAGAGCUGAGGAAUUUUAAGAGGAACCACAACGCUCUCAUCGAGUUCACGGUCGUCACAGACCAGGGUGAAUUCAUGUCCUCCUGUCAGUCGACUCAGAAUGUCUGCAGGAGCAACCUCGAGGUGUCGGACGACGUGGAGAAGUGUGUCACGCUCAGAGGACGGUUGUACUACAACGACAAAAACAAAGUGGAAUAUGUGCUGUUCAAGGAGACAGAGCGCAUCUGCGCUCACACACCAGGUUCUCACAUCGUGGUGACCACAGUUCUGCUGGUCGUCCUCGUCCUCGUCGUCCUCGUGGUGUCCAUCAGCAUCUAUGCAGUGAAGGCGUGGUCACUGAAGCCCUUCCCCAAACCCACGCUCCCUUUUCUGGUCCUGACAAAUCCCGUCAGAGGCCGACACUUUUUCCCGAUGACCGGAGAAGAAAUCCACCCUGUGACUGUGCUUGUCCGUGGCAGCAGGAGUCCGUCAGUCUGCUCCGAGGGCGGAGACUGUCAGGGUGGAGGAGGAGGAAGUGGUGACGCGGGCAGAGGAGGAGGAAGUGGAGGGGGAGGUGGUGUGCAACCGCCUCCAUUCAAGUCGCCCUACGCGGACGGACGACUUUUAGAGGACAGCAGUCAGGACCUGGAGGCUGUGGGGUUGAUGUCCACGGGACAUGGGACAGACGACGAGUCUGUGAAGACCGAGUGCUCUUGUAUAGAGGAGGAGGAGCCAAACACUGAGCCCCUCCCAGAGGACAACCGAAGUCACUACGACCGACCGCACACUUCGUAGGUGGAGGAGCAGAGACGUGGACUUGACCGUGUGAUGGACGUCAUGGUUCAGGAUUAAAGUUCUUAAUCCAAGAUCUUCUCAGGAUUAUGACUGUAUGGCGAGCGCGUGCGUUGGGGGGGGGGGGGUUAUCGUGAAAAGCUCGAGGUUUACGUUGUUUUCUCAUUUCUACAGGUUUUACAGAAUGUGCCUUUAAAAGAACGUGUUUACAGGUUUUUCUGAGAAUUGGGACGCGGCCGAUCUUUCACUGACGUUUCACAGCAUGAAUCUCAGGAUCUGACCUCUGACCUCAGUGCAAUGCAAACAGAAGACAUUUAAGAGUUUUAUUGUAGUUUUUAUCAUUUUCUCGCACUGACACUCAGGGAAAAAUCAGUUAGUGGUUUUAAUCUUUUAAAGGGACAGUUCACCUCAGUAGAUUAGGGUUACUUGCUUUAAUCUGGUGGAGAUUUUAGAUUCACAGAAAACGUUGUCACAUUUAAGAAAUCACAGAAGAAAAUAAAGCAGAGCAUAAUGUCGUUAAUCUGGAUUAGAGGUCGAUUGAUGUAGGGUUUUGUCCACGGUUGAUGCAGAUUUUCCAUAUUUAAUCCAGGAAACUGCACAUGGUGAAGUUCUAACUCUCUCCAAAGAAAUCCCACUUAAAAUGAUCUGAUGUGCAUCGAGGAUGCGCGACAUUAUCGGCAGAUAUCACAAAAAUGUAAAAUGUACGACACGUUAAAAUCCCUCUGAUGUGACGAAUGACGACGACAGCCGCCGAAGAAGCUGCUUCCUCCUUGACUUCCACACUAGCGCCCUCUACUGCUACUAUUGUUUCUUUGUAGUUAGACUUUUUUUUACAAAUAUCGGUAUCAGUUAUCACCCCGAGCACCAAACUCUUUCCUGCUGUUUUCAUUUGUGAAGAACUGUCCCUUUAAACACUGUAACACUGUAAAUUUAAGCACUUUAUUUAAAUCUGACCGCUGAUUCACAACCUGUCAAUCAACCUACUGGUGUUUUUUUUGUUUUUUAUUAAAGUUAACUUAUGUGAA